AUGCAGAUGAAGGAAGUCAGUUCAAGUGAUGGGAGUCCAGUGUCCACCAUAAAAAAGUGGAAGAAGCCUGAAGAAGGUUGGUUGAAAGCCAACUUUGAUACUGCAAUAUAUGAGCAAAACAUAACAGUGGGGUUGGGAAUUAUCAUCAGAAACAGUAAAAGGGAGGUAAUGGUUGCAUAUAGUGAACCUCUAAGAAUGGAUGCCAAAGCAGUUGUGGUUGAAGCCCUUGCUAUGAGAAGAAUAAUUGGAAUUUACAUAGAAAUGGGAUUUAGAAGGGUGGUCUUUGAAGGUGAUGCCUUAGUAAUCAUCAAUGCAGUGAAGGGUGAAGCAGAGUGCUGGACUUGGUAUAGUCAGAUAGUGGAAGAUGUGAAGAAGAGCCUAAGGGAGCUGUUAUACUGGAAGAUCAACUUUGUUCGCAGAGAGGGCAAUGAGAUUGCUCAUAAGUUUGGCGAAAUUUGCUUUAAAAUUAGAUAA